GUCAUCCAUUAACAAUAGCUUAAAUUAGCUUCAACGACGUUACAAUGUGAAUGAAAGACAAUUAGUGUCUUCUUAACGGGCUCUGACAAUAUGGCGAACAUUAAAGUGGCUGUUCGCGUGAGACCGUUCUCGGCUCGAGAAUUGAAGAACUCUAGAUCGACUGUGGUCAUCUGCACCGAUCAAAAUGGGAUUUCAUUGACAAAUCUAAAAGUCCCAUUGAACAAAGCUGGCGAUAGUCGUGAACGUACACGAAAGUAUGAGUUCGAUUACUGCUUCGAUUCCACCGAUCCUGAAUCAGAGAAUUAUGCUAAUCAAGAGAAGAUCUACGAUACUCUUGGCAAAUCUGUUCUUAAUGAUAUCUUUGCCGGAUAUAAUUCUUGUCUUCUUACUUAUGGACAGAGCGCGUCCGGAAAGACUUAUACUAUCAUGGGAACGGAGAAUGAUCCAGGACUAACGCCACGACUUUGCAAGGGUAUCUUUGCUCGUAUAAAAGAAGAAAAAUUGAAAGAAAAUAUCUUCCAUGUCUCAAUCAGCUAUUUAGAAAUUUAUAACGAACGCGUGAGAGAUCUUUUGAAACCAUCCUCGAGUAGCCAUAAUCUAAGAGUUCGUGAACAUCCUCGACUAGGUCCUUACGUCCAAGGAUUGACGUAUCACGUAGCUAAUACAUUAGAAACGUUAAUGUCAUACGUCGAAGGAGGUACAAAAGCCAGAAAGACAGCCGCAACGUUACAAAAUUCCAGCAGUAGUCGUAGUCACGCAUUGCUCACAAUUUUUCUUAAUCCGGAGAUAUCAACGACGACAGCUACGACAGGGCAACAAUCAACGAAUGAUGAAAAUACCGAUAGAAAAUACAACGAUGGCGCAUCCUCUACUAAGCGCAACGACGUCACACCUCGUAAUAACGGCAGUAAGCUGCACUUGGUCGAUCUAGCCGGUAGCGAAAACGCUCAAAGGUGCGAUGGUGUACAUCGACUAAAAGAAGGUGCGAAUAUAAAUAAAAGUUUGGUAGCCUUGGGCAAUGUUAUUUCGGCUUUAACGGGGAAAGUCUCAGGUGCUAGUGGUUCCAGUAGAAGGUAUAUACCUUAUAGAGAUUCUUCGCUUACUUGGCUUCUGAAGGACGCACUCGGUGGAAAUGCUACCACCGUUAUGUUCGCAACCGUAUCACCAGCCAGUGAAAAUUACAACGAAACCGCGCAUACGUUACGAUUCGCUCAAAGGGCGCACAGCGUGGUCAAUAAACCCGUGGUCAAUGAAGAUCCCAUGGCAAAAACAAUCCGUGAAUUAAGGGCUGAGAUAACAAGAUUGAAAUCUUUGUUAUUAGAGAAGAACAUCGAGCCAGAUAAAAAAUCAUUACAAAAUGAAUCCAAGACGAACGAUUCGGGAAAAAAGAAGGAUCAAUCGUCGAAAAAUAGCGUACUGGGAAAUAAGAGACAGAUAGAACAUAUAAAAGAAGGUGUUAGUAGUGUUGGUGAUAGUAGUAAUAGUGGAGUUCUUUCUUUAAUCAGAAGGGUUAAUUCAAUUGAGAAUUUAACAAAUCACGAUAAGGCCUCCGUAAAAUCUAUUAGAAAAUUUGGUUCAUACGAAUGUCUCGAUUACAAAACGAGCACUAUCACUAGUUACAGUUAUAAUCGUGCUGAGGUUUCAGAAUUGAAGGACGAAGAAAACAAUUUCAUCGGAGAGAUAAACGAAGCUGUAUUCGUCGACAUUCCAACUCUUGUUGCAGUACUUAUAAAGCCGGAUAAUAAUUUCCACGAGAACUCGACACAAAUCGAAGAGAUUUGUUCUGAUGAAAUACAUGAUUAUCCGAUCGAGUCGGAUUUUAUAGGAAGUAGUAACCUUCGCGAAAUCUGUGAAAAUCGUACAAGCAAAGCUGCGAACAAUGAUUAUGAAAAUGAAAAUAAUCAUUUCAGUCUAGAUUUGGAUAAUGAAAUAAACGAUACUCGUUCAAAUAUCAUUCAUUUGGGAAGAAAAGAAAAGUCUAAAUUUUGUAAACAAAAUUCCAUUAAUGUUGCAACACCAACGGAAACGUCUACGAACUUGUAUAUGUCGAGAAAAUUCGGUUCUGUCGAAAUAUUACAAAAAAAACGUGAUAAUCUAGCGACUCUAGAGAGAUCCAAUACGAAUUUGGAGAAACAAACGACGGUACCGGAGGAAGUCGACAUAGAGAAUAAACUCGUAGAUAAAGGAAAAGUCGAAAAUUCUAAAAGCAAUAGCUAUACAAGCCUAUGGAAAGAUACUAACAAAUUUGACAGUAGAGAUUUUCUUCAAAGGACUGGUAGUAAUGAAUUUGAAAAAAAUCCAAAAGAUAAUUCAUCCGUGAUAGGUCUUAUAGGGAAAAUUAAAAAUACAGCGAGAAAGCCAAGUUUAGAAAGUUUAAAGAGGAAGACCAGUAAAGACAGUAGUUCGAGUAGUUCGAAAGACGAACAGAUAUUGAUUUCGAGUUUGACGAAUGAUAAGAUCUUAAGGAGAAAGGAUUCAUUGGAUCAUAAUCCACCUACAAGGGUUCACACUCCUGUACAAAAGACGAAGAGAGCGGAGAUUGUGGCUGCUGUUACGGAAAGAUUAUAUUCGAGCAGGAAACAAGUGGAAGAAAUGACAGGUGUGACAGGAUCUGCAUCAACGUCUCUUUCAGGUAUUCGUUCGCCUCCAGAGGGAACGGACGUUAGAUUAACGACGUCCUCUUUGACGGCUAAAACAAAACUUCAAGAGAUAUCAAGAAAGAUGCUAGCCAAACGACGACGUGUCAAUGUUGAUACGCAAACGGAACAAAUCCAAACGAUUCGUAUGAAGGAUUCGGCAUCUUUAACGGACGAAACAAAAAUUGUUUGUCAAGAUGUAGGUGUAUUAACCGACGAACACAACGGUUAUCAAACGAAUAUGGACAAUAGAUCGCCUGUUAUUAGAGUAAAAGAAAUUGCAACAUUGACGGACAAAUUAAAAUACAAAGUCAUAGAAUCUAAAGAUGCAGAGUGUUUGGUGAAUGAUCUCAAUUUUUACGAAUACGGUGUGAAUAUUUUAAAUAAUAAUUCCAAAAUAUUAUUGGAAGAUAUGAGAACUUAUACGAAUAAAAUGUCUAAUACAGAUACUUCAGAAUUAUGUUUAGCUAACGAUAAAAAAGUCAAUCGUUUUGAUAAAUCAACGAAUACUGUGGCCGUUCCUGUUGCAGUCAAUUCUAUCAUUCAAACGCAACAGCCACCAGAGCAAUCAAUUGUACAAGAAAAAACAACCCAAUAUUUUGAAAAGAAUUACAAUGUAAUUGAAGAAUCCAUUCUUACAACGGCUGUACAAAAAUCAGAUAGAAACGUUAUUUCCAUGUGUUUACCCGAUACUAUUAGUAUAACUAUCGAAAGCUCAAACCUUUUAGAAUCAAAAGUUGUUAUAAUUGAUGAUACUUUAAAUAAGACAAGUAUCUCGGAAAAAGGAGAUUUAUCUCGUUUAAAAGACAACGAAUGUCAAACUGAAACUGAAAAGAAAAAUAUCAAAGAGGAAGACAUGAGUAAUGAUUGUUAUGUGAAAGAAUUUGCAACAAAAUCAAGUGUCAGUCAAACGGAUAAUAAAUGUUUUAGAAUCGAAAAUAUAUUUGAGGAUCCUCGGCACAUCUCUAAGAUAUGUACUCAAUCGGAAGAAGAUACGUUGAAUACAUCUAAAAACACAGCUACGAAAGCAUCAGUUACUUUUACCAAUUCUUUAGGUACCUCCUUCGUUCCAGAUACAAAAGAAUCUGCUACUGAUAUGAACAAGGGACAGGUUUAUGCACUUCAAAGUGGUCGAUCAUUUAACCGAGACAAAAGCUUUAGAGAAACGUUUAUUUCAAAAAAAUAUAAUAACCCAUUAGCUACAGACAUUUGGAAAAAUUGGAUGAUUUCAUUUCCUCCAACUUCGUGGCAACGCCCAAGAAAUGUAUUAUCAGUUAAUGGGUUAACAUUUGCAUGGAAUAAUUCUUUAAACAACGACUGUACCGCGAUCGUUAGUACUAAAGAUUUGAAAGAACCUAAUCUAAAUUCCAAUGUCUUUCUUCCGAAUAAUAUGUACGAUAAUAAUGAAGUUACAGAUUUAAAAUCUCCGGCUUUGAUCGCCAGAAUAGAUUCUAAAAGACUGCUAGAACACGAUUAUAAUUUUUCAGAUGACAGUCUUGAUUAUAACGAGGAAAAUGUUAUCUGUAAUUCGAAUAAUAUAAAUACAGAAACUCCUGAGGAGAAUGAAAUUUUUGAAAAUAUUUGUCCACCCGACGUUGUAGCUCAUACUAAGAAAGAAAAUUCAAUUACAUUAGGAAAUAGUUGCGACAAUAACGUCGAAAUCUCACUCGCGAAUCACUUCGAGAAGGAUCAAAUAGAAUUUCCAAAGAAAAAAUCUGUCGAACCAAUCGAUGAAUCUUCCAUUUCUGUUCACAAUUAUAAAUCAUUGAUUUUAGGUAAAGAUACAAUUAACAUCGAUAAUUCACAGGAAGCACGAAUUAAUUUCGAAGAAAAGUCAUCGAAUAUCUUAAAAAAUUCUUGCAAGAAAAAAGUCACCUUUAUGAAUAGCAAAACUUCCAAAGAACAUCAGAUUAAACCAACGGAAACAAAUUCAUUGAAUCAAAGUAAAACUUUUUCCAAGCCUUUUAUUAAAAAGAAAAUGCACGAGCAUAAUGCUAAUGAUGAUGAUUCUCAGAUUGUUUAUAUAGAUGAUAGAGAAUUGUUGAUAAAUAAAGACAAAAUUUCGGAUGAUCAUCUUGAAAAUAUAAAUAAUAACGAAGGUGAUAACAUCAAAGACAAAAUGCAAUCGAGUGCGCAAGAGAAAAAGACUACGGCUAAUUUUGUCAAGAUAUCGAGUAAUAAAAACAUCAAGUCUUGCGAAAAAAAUAGUUUUCGAAAUAGUUGGAGUGAUUCCGAUAGCAGUGAAGACAUUUACAGAGACGAGGAUUGUAUUGUAAAAUUAAAGAGGAAAAUAUUACAAGAAUACGUUAACGAGGCAACAACGUUUAUGCGUAAUAUGAAUUCUCUCAAUGAAUAUAUAAAUAAUACUACAAAUAUUUGUGAAAAACAUCAGAGACAAGAGAAAAAACGAGGAAAUCAUCGACGAUAUUAUCCUCAGCGAAACGAAAAUAAUACGGAAUUGAAAGAUCAUAAAAUUAUCGAUAAUAAUAUUGAAUUGUUAGAAGAAACUGACGUUAUAGUAGCCACAGAAUCUUUUAAAAAAUGUUUAGAAGGUAUCGAGAGAUUAGAAAACUGUAUAGAAAAAACAAAUAAGCACAAUGAGUAUCUCCGUGAAAAAUAUGGCAUCGUUGUUGAAUCUGCUGGCGCUAAAUCUGGUUUAGCGAGCUCUAGUAUAGAUUCUAGUAUAAAUUCCAAGAUCUCUUCUAAUCCUGUUCGAAAAGAUACGAAUUUACAGGAAGAACCUAUUAUUUCGGAAACCUUAGAGAAUUUACUUCCUUCUAACAGGUAUUCUCUUAAAGAUUCUUCCAUGCCGAGAUUUACAGAAGAUCCAUACGAUCCAUUAAAGAUCUAUGAUGACUUUUACGAUACGAAUAAUGAAGAAGUGUUUAAUGUAAAAAGUAAAAUUGAAAAAAAACAUUCUAAUCGAUUAAUAAACGUUUAUCCAUCUUGCCAUUGUCGUACGAAAAGUAUUUUUUAUAGAAAAGAGAAACAAUUUCAGAAUAGUACUUGCAAAUUUUAUCAUUUUUAUGAUGAUAGAAAUAUGAACGAUUUUCUCGAUGAUUCAGCCGCAAAGGAGGAUGAAAAUAUAGAAUUGUCAAGUAGUAUUUUAAUGAAGCCUAUAAGGUAUUACGAACAUUUAGGAAAAUCAUUUGAGGAUAAUGGCUUUCCAAGGUUAAUGACAAACACUUUUUUGAGAUGUACAAAAAAUGAAACACUGAAUUUUGCCAAUUCAAGAAUAUUCCAUCGAGCUACCGUUACCGAUACUAAACCAUAUUCCUGGGAAAGAUGGCGAUAUCGUCCUGAAAGUCCAAGAGCAAAAUUUUUAGAAUUGUUGCACGAAAGACGACGCAUCGUUGAAAACAGCAGAGAUGUCACAUUUUAAAAUAUCAUCUCCAUCAAAUAUGUAAAUUAUAAAUUCAUUUCUCCCAUAUAUUUUUCUACAUUAAUGAUUAAAUAAAAAAAAAAAAAAGAAAAAUAUAAUGCAAUAA